ACCGAGUACCUUUAAAUUUAGUUGCAUUGACUUGUGGGGAUGGGGGAGGAGGGGUAGAAGAAGAAAGAAGGAAAACAGCUUGGCUUCAGCGAGGCGCUAAGCUUUCCUGUUUACCGCAAGACGGGGCGGACCCGCCUGCCCACAUCUUACUGCGCCCUUGGACCCUGAGCACACCUGCUCCCAGAGAGUUAUUAAUAGAGUCCAAAAAAUGACUUGAGCUGUCAAAUGAUUUUCGUGCACAUCUAAUUUCUUGCAUGGAAAUUAGGAGGUGGUGCUUGUGCCCUUGAGCUUGGCGGGGGUGGGGGAUAAUGUGGGGCGAGGAAAGAUGUAUACGUCUCCACCCUCAGACUGGCGGUUAGGCUCCUGUGAAGAGCAACCUAGGGUGGUGGUGAGCGCACAGCUUAGAAGGUGGCCGCUUCAGAGAAUCUCUCGAAUGGAAAUCAGAGCGUGGAGGGUGGGGCGAAGAGGCUGCGGUUUCCGAGGCCCCUCUCCAGGCAAGGAAAAGCUACACAAACAAGCCUGGCUUGCUCCCUGCACCUCCUCUGCAGUGAGUGACAGCUCUCGCCUUAACCUCGCCCCCUAGCGUUCGUCCGGAGCCCAGCUCCUGGUUCCUGGCUCAGAGGCAGGACCAUGGGGCCCACCAACGCUCCACUGGUCAAGGCCCUCCGCACCUCGGUCUCCGACUACGUCAACUACGACAUCAUCGUCCGGCAUUACAAUUACACCGGGAAGCUGAAUAUCGGCGCGGAUAAGGACAAUGGGAUUAAACCGACAUCGGUGGUUUUCAUCCUUAUCUGCUGCUUCAUCAUCCUAGAGAACAUCUUUGUUUUGCUGACCAUUUGGAAAACCAAGAAAUUCCACCGCCCCAUGUACUACUUUAUUGGCAACCUGGCCCUCUCGGACCUGCUGGCAGGAGUGGCCUACACUGCCAACCUGCUGUUGUCUGGCGCCACCACCUACAAGCUGACGCCGGCGCAGUGGUUCUUGCGGGAAGGGAGCAUGUUUGUGGCCCUGUCCGCGUCGGUGUUCAGCCUCCUGGCCAUCGCCAUCGAGCGCUACAUCACCAUGCUGAAGAUGAAGCUGCACAACGGGAGCAACAGCUUCCGCUCCUUCCUGCUCAUCAGCGCCUGCUGGGUCAUUUCGCUCAUCCUGGGUGGCCUGCCCAUCAUGGGCUGGAACUGCAUGAGCACGCUGUCCAGUUGCUCCACAGUGCUGCCGCUCUACCACAAGCACUAUAUCCUCUUCUGUACCACCGUCUUCACCUUGCUUCUGCUCUCCAUAGUCAUCCUCUAUUGCAGGAUCUACUCCUUGGUCAGAACUCGGAGCCGCAGGCUGACCUUCCGCAAGAACGCCUCCAAGGCCAGCCGCAGCUCUGAGAAGUCGCUGGCGCUGCUCAAGACGGUGAUCAUCGUCCUGAGCGCCUUCAUCGCCUGCUGGGCCCCGCUCUUCAUCCUGCUCCUGUUGGACGUGGGCUGCAAGGUGAAGACCUGCGACAUCCUCUUCAAAGCCGAGUACUUCCUGGUGCUGGCCGUGCUCAACUCUGGCACCAACCCCAUUAUUUACACUCUGACCAACAAGGAGAUGCGCCGGGCCUUCAUCCGUAUCAUGUCCUGCUGCAAAUGCCCCAGUGGAGACUCCGCGGGCAAGGUCAAGCGCCCCAUCAUCGCGGGCGUGGAAUUCAGCCGCAGUAAAUCAGACAACUCCUCGCACCCCCAGAAGGACGAUGGGGACAAUCCCGAAACCAUCAUGUCUUCUGGAAACGUCAACUCUUCUUCCUAAAACUCACAGCUGACAGCCCGUGGGAAGCACUGUGACAUGGGUCGCCCACCACCCUCAGUGUGGGACCGCGACUAGCUGCCGGGGAGGAGCAGCCGCGAGCCGAAGGGAGGACAGGGGGAGAACAGCAGAGUGUGGUGUGGCGUGCGGUGCUGGCGGAGGUUGCGUUCAUGCCAGUGAACAAUGCAGUGGGAAGGGUGGAGAUCAGGCCCCGGCCUGGAGUCAGCUUCCUUCCCUGUGGAGCUUUGAUUUUGCACUGAGCCAAAGGUCUAGCAUUGUCAAGCUCCCAAAGGGUUCUUUUGGUCCCUCCUUACAAAGACUAACUGUCCCCAUGUGAAAGCCGUCCCUUUUGUCUGGAGCGUCUUGAAAAGAUGUUUUCUUUCACCUUAGUUACAAAUCCAAGUAAGCAUGUGCACUUCUGCUUGUCUCUGGGAUGCUCGAGCCAUCUCUCCCUCCCUUCCCUUUCACACCUCUCCUCAAACUUCUUCACUUUGUAUUUUGGCUAUGUGGUAUUCAUCAGAACUGAAGUUGUGGCUCCCAGACCAUUGCUUGAUGAUGUGCUGCAGGUAGGCUGCAUUGGGUAGGUAGGCAGGAAGACGGAGUGGGGUGUGGAGAAGUAAAGCAAUUUCAUUUGCUGAGGCCAAAGUUUCCAUGUAAGCUGGAUUUUUUUUUUAAUUCGGUGAAGUCACUUUGAUUCUUUUUUUCCUGAAAGCCAAACAAUGGCAUCUUUACGAUGAAAUGUGUGUUACAGCAUCCUAUGCAUUGUGGCUGUAAUCUAUGUGAGGAAGUUCAUUUUAAAUUCUAUUAGCCAGGGUCCUUAGUGCUAGAGGAGAAACCAGCAAACAAAACAAGGUGAAAACAGACUGGGAAUUAACUUCUGUAAACCAAGAGAGAUUUCUUAAUGACUUUUUCUAACGAAUACAGCAUCUGUCUUUGGCACUUUUGUUGAUGUUUAUUUCAGUGUUAAGUGAUUCAUUUUAACCAACAGGAUGGUUGUAUUUUGUUGUGUUAAAAGAAUUCUUUAUGAUUUUUGAAUGUAUUUGUUUCAGCAGAUGUCAUCUUAUUGGAUUUUCUAACCUGUGUUAACACCAUUGAAUGUGUAGUUCUAAGACUAUACCAUCCUCAUUUGCCCUUGAAAGCAUUACGUUAACUGAUAGGGAACAGCAGGACUUUUUAGUACAGAUGUUCAUUAGAUAGUAAUUGAAGAUGUGUAUAAAUGUUACAAAGAAUAAAAAUAUAUUACUGUCUCUUUAGUAUGAUUUUCAGUGCAAUUAAACCAAGAAAUGUCUUUUUUAAAAAAUAGUAUUUAAUAGGUUUCUGACUUUUGUGAAUCAUUUUGCACAUAGCUUUAUCAACUUUUAAACAUUAAUAAACUGAUGUUUUUUAAAGA